AUGACAGUUAUUUGUUCUAUAGCUGUGGUAAUGAAAGCAACUAAGCGAGCACAGUACAAAAGAACCUGGGCUGCAGCAGCUCGAACUUUGAGACGUGCUCAGUGUGAUGCUACACCUUCCGAAGAUGAAAGUACAGAGUUACUCGAACUCUCUUUUAAUUCGUCGCCAGGAAACAGUAACACUGAGUCUGAACAAGAUGUCCUGGAGCCUUCCCCCAAACGUGGGCAGACCUGCUCUGAAGCAAGCUGUUCAAAUGCUCAAAGUGAUGAUUUAGAUGAGAUUAGGCCUGAUCCCUGCUGGUCUUCUGAGUCUGACUCUGAAGACAAUAAUGUAAAUGAUGCUUUUCUUGCUGAAGGCUUAGGAAACUGGGCUAACAAGUUUCUCAUCAAACACAAUGCGCUUGAUGGACUUCUUGUUCUUCUCAAGGAGAAUGGCCAUCCAAAUUUGCCUGUUACUGCCCGUACAUUGUUGCAAACAGAAAGAAAUAUUACUAUCCAGAAAAAGUCUGGAAUGGAGUAUAUUUAUUUCCCUCUAGCUAGUCAGUUGUUGAAGCACUUUAAGAAGUACCCUCCAGAUACAGUUAGGGGGACCAAUUCUCUAGAAAUUUCAUUGAAUAUUGAUGGUCUUCCAUUAUUCAAGAGUUCAGGCAUGUCUUUGUGGCCAGUGUUAUGUGCCAUUGUUAGCAUGAAGCCUGUAGUAGUUUUUCCUGUUGUGCUAACUUGUGGUAAAUCAAAACCUAAAGAUUUAGAAUUCUUGGAAGAUGUUAUUAGAGAUUUGGAUGAUGUUCUGGAAAAUGGACUACAGGAUGGUGGUCGGCUAGUUGAAGUUACUUUGAGGUGCAUUGUUUGUGAUGCUCCCGCAAGAGCUCUUGUAAAAGGCACUAAGUUAUGCUCCGGUUAUUUUGGAUGUGACAAAUGUGCACAAAAGGGCUUGUGGGUUGGAAGAGUGAUAUACCCUUUGCUGAAAGAUAUUGAAUUGCGCACAGAUACCUCCUUCAGAGAACAGGUUGAUGAAGGACAUCAUCAUGGUACAAGUCCAUUCUGUAAUCUUCAAGUUGACAUGAUUAAAAAAUUUCGAAUUGACUAUAUGCAUCAACUUUGUUUAGGAGUCACUAGGAAAUUGAUUUUGACAUGGAUGCGAGGAAAACGUCAAGUGAAAAUAUCAGUUGGUCAAGUGGAAACAAUUAGUACUAAAUUACUAGACCUCAAAUCUUGCAUACCUAGCACAUUUGCACGAAAGCCAAGGAGUUUGGUUGAUGUUGACCGGUGGAAAGCCACUGAAUUUAGACAGUUCCUUUUAUAUACGGGUAAGAUAGUUUUAAACAGUAUCCUAAAAGAAGAACAAUUUCAGCACUUCUUGUGUCUAAGUGUUGCCAGUUGUAUUUUGGUGUGUCCAAUGUUAAGUCAGUCUCACAGAGACUAUGCCAAACAGCUGAUGGAAUACUUUGUCGAGCAGGGGAGAAUUUUAUAUGGUGAUGAAUUUUUGGUCUAUAACGUGCAUAGCAUGGUUCAUUUGGCUGAUGAAGUGAAAGAAUUUGGAAGCUUGGAUGCAUGUAGUUCCUUUCCAUUUGAGAACUACAUGCAAAGGUUGAAAAGACUUGUACGGUCCGGAAAGAAUCCUAUUGCACAGGUUGCCAAACGACUGAGUGAGUAUUCUGGUGCUAUUGAACCCACAUGUGAAGCGAAAAUCAGUCUAAAGAAACCAGACAAUGCUUUUCUUUUAACUGGUUCAUCUUGUUGUGAAGUGGUUGACAACGUCGCUAAUCUUGAUGAGAAUGGAAAUGAAUUAUAUCUCUGUCGAGUUUACGAGAGAACCGAUACUCUUUUCACAACUCCAUGUGAUUCUCGGCUAAUUGGUGUUCAUAAGGCUACUGUUCGCUGGACAACAAUGAAAGUCCUUCCUUCCCACCUUCUCAAGCGAAAGGCAAUAAAGAUUGACCUUGGUCAUAAGAAAGUCGUGUUCAUGGCUGUAUUGCACACCAACAGUUAG